AUGGAGGGAACCCGGCAAAGUAGGAUUUGUCGUCCGCACAAGAUCAGCGAGUCCUCCAAGGUGUACAGAUGGGACGACCACUCGAGUCUUGUUCUUCAGAGUCUGAAUGAGCAGAGGCAUCGAGGCCUCUUUUGUGACAUUGUCCUUGUGGUGGAUGAACAGAGAGUCCCUGCCCAUCGGAACCUCCUGGCUGUUUGCAGUGACUACUUCAACUCUAUGUUCACUAUUGGCAUGCGAGAAGCCCACCAAAAAGAGGUGGAGCUUUUUGGAGCCUCUUAUAUCGGUCUCAAGGCUGUGGUAGAUUUCCUGUAUGGCAGCGAGCUCUCUUUAGAUGGUGGCAAUAUUGACUACGUGCUCGAAACAGCUCAUCUGCUGCAGAUCUGGAAGGUGGUCGACUUUUGUUGUGAGUAUCUUGAAAAUGAAGUCAGUGAGGAGAACUAUUUGUACCUGCAAGAGCUAGCCUCCAUCUAUAACCUGAAGCGCCUUGACUCCUACAUCGAUUCUUUCAUCUUGCAGAACUUUGGCACUCUGUCCUUCACCCCGGACUUCUUGCAGAAUGUUUCCAUGCAGAAGUUGUGCCAGUACCUGGACAGCAGCAACGUGCAGCAGGAGUGCGAGCACGACUUGCUGCAGGCUGCCCUGCAGUGGCUUACGCAGUACCCGGAAAGGGAGAACGAGGCCUACCAAGUUCUGGAUAACAUUCACUUUCCUUUGAUACCUAAAAGUGAUCUUCUGCAUCGAGUCAAGCCCGCUGUCUGCUCUCUUCUUCCCAAAGAAGCAAACUGUGAGGGUUUUAUAGAGGAAGCAGUGAACUACCACAAUAAUGUCACCGCUCAGCCGGUGCUGCAGAACAAACGGACUGCUCUGAGAACCAGCGAGGAGAGACUCCUCUUUGUUGGCGGCGAGGUGUCCGAGCGCUGCUUGGAACUGAGUGAUGACACUUGCUUCUUGGACACCAGAAAGGGGCAGUGGGUGGCAGAGACCCCUCUCCCAGCCAGACGAAGUCACCACUGCGUUGCAGUCCUGGGAGGUUUCAUUUUCAUAGCCGGGGGCAGCUUUUCAAGAGACAACGGAGGGGAUGCAGCUUCAAAUCUCCUAUAUAGGUAUGAUCCCCGCUGUAACCAGUGGAUAAAGGUGAGACUUGAGCUGUUGCCUCGAGCUAUUACUGACAUGCUGGUGGCUGUGGGUGGCAGGAAUGAAAAUGGGGCCCUCUCUUCAGUUGAGACCUAUAGUCCCCAAAAGGAUACAUGGUCCUAUAUAGCAGGCCUGCCAAGGUUUACUUAUGGCCAUGCAGGAACAGUCUACAAGGAAUUUGUGUACAUUUCAGGAGGCCACGACUACCAAAUUGGCCCAUACAGAAAAAAUCUGCUCUGCUACGAUUAUCGCACCGAUGUCUGGGAGGAGAAAAGGCCAAUGAUCACUGCCAGGGGGUGGCACAGCAUGUGCACCCUCCAGGACCACAUCUAUUCCAUUGGAGGCAGCGAUGACAACAUCGAAACCAUGGCCCGUUUUGACAUUCUGAGCGUGGAGUCGUACAGCCCUCAAUGUAACCAGUGGACCAGAGUUGCCCCUUUGCUGCAAGCAAACAGUGAGUCAGGGGUGGCUGUUUGGGAAGGCAAGAUAUAUAUUCUUGGAGGCUACAGCUGGGAAGAAACAGUCUUCUCCAAAACAGUCCAAGUUUAUGAUAAGGAGAAGAAUAAGUGGUACAGAGGAACAGACUUGCCCAAAGCAAUUGCCGGUGUGUCUGCAUGUGUCUGUGCAUUGAAACCUAAAACAGAUGACAAAAAGAAAAAGACCAAAACAAAAAAACAUCAAGAUCUAGGAAGAUGACUACUUCUGCACAGCCAGCCUUCGAGGAGGGACUCCAGAGGAACUUUGUAUUUAAUUGUUUCUUUCUAGCCUUGAUUCUUUUUUGAAAUGGAAAUGAAAGUGUCUUCUGAAGCCUCAGAAAAUGUACAAUUGAGUGU